UGGAUACUACACAUGCAUUUUUGGACUAGGCAACUUCCGAUUCAAUGACGACUGCUGUUACGCUACUAUCAAAAUAGGGAACAAAAUAGGGAAAUCUAACUAUUGGUGCACUGAAAAUCCCCAUAAAUGCUGCGAUAGUAUAUCAGGUUCAGUGUGUGCGUCAGGUGUGGAUGGAGUCAGUGGCAUCUGAGAGCACCCAGCAUAGUUAUCACAGACAGGACAAUCCGAAGAAGUCCGUGUUCAGACCAACAGCCUGCACAUCGGCAGGCAGGGGGAGAAUGGUCAAGUACUUCUCUAACGACGUAGACAUCAGGACCACGUGGGACCAUGUUGUCUCUGCCUUCUGGCAGAGGUAUCCCAACCCAUUCAGCACCCAUGUUCUCACGGAGGACGUGGUGUUCCGUGAGGUGACGGCGGACCAGCAGCUUCUCUCCAGACGCCUGCUCACCAAGACCAAUCGAAUGCCUCGCUGGGCCGAGUUCCUCUUCCCCUCCAACCUAUCACGCUCCGUCUACAUCGUAGAGGACUCCGUCGUCGACCCUGUCACCAAGAGCCUCACCACGUACACCUGGAACCUCAACCACACUACGUUAAUGACGGUGGAGGAGCGCUGCGUGUUCCAGGAGUCAGAGGACCGGCCUGCCUUCACGCUGCUCAGACGGGAGGCCUGGAUCUCUUCUGGAGUCUACGGCUUCUCCAGACCUAUCCAGGAGUUUGGCUUGGCCCGCUUCAAGAGCAACCAGGUGAAGGCCAUGAAGGGCCUGGAGUACGCUCUGUCUAACUUACACGGAGAGGCACCCCAGCGUCAGCCCUGCGUCCGGGACACAGUGAAGACUGCUACAGAGAAAGCCAAGACCCUGGCCUCUGCCCCGCAGAAACAGCCCCAGCAGUACGUGUGACAACAGGGGAACAUCCACCGCUACCGGCUGGAACCAGGACUGGAAUGGGACACUGUGCACGCAGGGCAGGCACAAGCAACACAUUCACAUGCAACACACAGGCUGGCCAAUUCUGAUCUUUUUAAGAGCUGAUCUGAUUGGUCAAAAGACCAAUUUGUGAGGAAAAACCAAUCAGAAUUGAGCUGCGCAUGCACACACUCUUUUAGCUGGCUUUUCAUGGACUGGAAGCUUGCUUGUAUCAAGGUCUCUGUGUACAGUAUGUGUACAAUAUGUCCAUCUAAACCACGAACAGCUCUGCUCCUCUGGGGUUAGGCUCUGCUCCUCUUGUUUUCAUUAGCCUAGCAUUAAUACAUCUCAGGUAGUGAGCCCCUGUCUGACCGCCUGGCACAACCUAGGGGCAUGUUCAAUAGGCACCAAACGCAAGAAAAUGUUCUCAAACUGAGGGAAACAGAGAUGCAAAAGUAUGUGGACAGCCCUUCAAAUUAGUGGAUUUGGCUAUUUCAGCCACACAUGUUGUUGACAGGUGUAUAAAACCAAGCACAGUCAUGCAAUCUCCAUAGACAAACAUUGGCAGUACUAGGGCCUGUCACAAUAAUUGUUAGUCGGGAGUAAUAAUUGCAAUAAUUGUUAGUCGGGAGCUUCAUGAAAUGGGUUUCCAUGGCUGAGCAGCCGCACAAAAGCCUAAGAUCACCAUACGCAAUGCAAAGCGUCGGCUGGAGUGGUGUAAAGCUCGCUGCCAUUGGAGCAACGGAAAUGCAUUCUUUGGAGUGAUGAAUCACGCUUCACGAUCUGGCAGUCUGACAGACGAAUCUGGGUUUGGCGGAUGCCAGGAGAACACUACCUGCCCCAAUGCAGAGUGCCAAAUGUAAAGUUUGGUGGAGGAAGAAUAAUGGUCUGUGGUGGUUUAUGGUUCGGGCCCCUUAGUUCCAGUGAAGGGAAAUCUUAACUCUACAGCAUGCAAUGACAUUCUAGAAGAUUCUGUGCUUCCAACUUUGUGGCAAUAGUUUGGGGAAGGCCCUUUCCUGUUUUAGCAUGACAAUGCCCCCAUGCACAAAGCGAGGUUCAUACAGAAACGGUCUGUCGAACUUCACUGGCCUGCACAGAGCCCUGACCUCAACCCCAUCGAACACCUUUGGGAUUUGGGAUGGAUUGGAAUGCCGACUGCAAGCCAGGCCUAAUUGCCCAGCAUCAGUGCCUGACCUCACUGGCUGAAAGCAAGUCCCCGCAGCAAUGUUCCAACAUCUAGUGGAAAGCCUUCGCAGAAGAGUGGAGGCUGUUUUAGCAGCAAAGGGGGACCAACUCCAUAUUAAUGCUCAUGAUUUUGGAUGAGCAGGUGUCCACAUACUUUUGGUCAUGUAGUGUACUUUCUGAACUUGUCCAAUAGAAACACUUUUCUGUUGCAAAAUGUUUUUAUACGGUGUGCCAUAAUGAACACGACCCUGACUUGAGUAAGCUCUGUGACAUAUCUCUUGUGCACUGUCAGUGAGGCCCGUUUUGAAAAGCAUAACGUGACAAAUCAGACAUGUCAAAUAACAGUGAAGGUACCAAGACAAGCUGAAGAAAUAAUCUAAAUUCCACAACACUGGAUGUAUGCUGGAGUGUGAGAGUUGAUCAAAUAAUAUAAAUAAUGAGUAAUUAUUGUAUUACGCUUCAACUGCGCUGUGCGACUGAAUUUGUCUGAGGUCUACGAUUGAUUUGUUGGAUAUAUCAAGCUAUAACAAUUGAGGAACUUGACAUUUACCAGGGACAGUUGAUGUAUUUCAUUUGUUUUAUAGUAUAUUAAUAAUAUAUUAGUCCGACAUUGGUUGGUCUGUCUCUUAAUGUUUUUGCUGCAUUCCUGUAAGGUAGAACUAGCUAUUAUGAUUUUGAAAUCAUUUUGGCUGUGAUUUUAGACUAGAGGAAAUUGUCAUAAGUCUUAACAUUGAAAGAAUACUGCACUUAAAUAAAAAUCUGAUUUAAUAUUGUUAUUUGGGAUACAACUUUA